AUGUCUCUCGCAUAUGAAAUCACACUCACAAUAUGCGAGUUAGUUUACAGCAACCCUCACGGUUGUCAGCACUUGCUUCCGCUCUUGGCGGUUAAUCGUGCAAUGUGUGAUGUCGCACUAACGGUCCUGUGGAGGGAAUUGCCUACUGCACUACCGCUCCUUCAUCUUAUGCCGGAGGACGUCAUCGAAAGGCAUUUAGCAGUGGACAGCGUCUGGCGCUAUAUAUUGCAUGGUCCUCCUUCACCCUCGCAACUAGACCGAUUUCAUGUCUACGCCCCUCGCGUCCGUGCCAUCAUCUCACGAGAGCGCGCUCUCACCUAUGAUACGAUCGAAGCUUUCGCAGCCAUACUUCGUUGCCACACCUCCAUGACUGAUGCCCCCUUCCUUCCUAACCUAACCUGCCUGCGACUCGCCCAUGGGAGCGAUCCCGUCCUCGAGUUCGUACCGUCCAUGAUUAACAGGGGUUUGGAAACCCUCGCGAUCCCACAGGCGGUAGUGGAGCUAGAGCCUAUUCUAACCCGUAUCCUGGAAGUGCUGCCUCCCAUCCGCAACCUCAUCUGCAUUGAGAUCACUAAUCUCACACGUCUUCGUGAUUUUACUCGUCGCAUUCACCUUCUCCCCACCCUUCGCGCUCUAACAGUAACUCUUCUCGACCCCGAGGGCAUGGAAGCGAUCUUUUCGCACCCCUUCCUACGUAACCUAACAGUUAUUGUAGACAGACAGUUGUACCUGCCGCAGCAUACACCAACUUUUCAUCAUCCCUUACACUCUUUCAGCAUCAAAUUCCGGAAGUCUUGGCUCGGCGGCGGUAUGGGCGCGGACGAUUUGGACGCUGCCCUCACCCUGUUACGAAGGGUUAGGCCCCCUUGUGAGCAGUUGAGCAUAACGCUCGGUCUUCACGUUGAUGGCCCCGCCUUGGGUAAAUUCAUCAGCUCCCUCUUGCCCGAGCCGAGUCGCGUUGCCCUCACCGAGUUCUCAAUCUUUGACCUCUCGCAUUUCACUGUGGAUGUAGAGGCUAUCACCAAUUGCCAUAGCGCCCCAUUCGAGCUAAAAUUUCUUCAACCGCUUUUCCAAGUUUUGUUGACGCACAUCGACCUCAGUUGUUUUAAUAUGUGCCUUCUUGAUGACGACGAUCUCUUUGAUCUUUCUGUUAGCCUGCCUCAAAUAGAAAGUCUAUUCCUAGGCUGCUCACGCUAUUUCCCAACCCCUCCAAGAGCAUCGCUAGUCGGUGUCUCGCAUCUUAUACUCCAUUGCAGGGCUUUGAGAGAGCUAGGUCUUGUUUUCAGUUGUAGUCUGGGAACGAUGGACCUCGACCUCCUCCCCCGCAACAAGUGGAUCAACACGUUAACUGUGGGAGUUAGCCCUCCGUACAAUGACGUUGCCGUUGCGGCUUUCCUUGGUCGUUCCCUACCUUCGGUCAACACCAUACACGUAGAGGAUUACGAUUCAUUGCUCAGACCAGCUAACUACAUCCUUUAUGAUCGUCUGAAACGAGUUGAACGUUGGCAGAACAUAUUAGACAGGAGGUCAUCGCUUAUAUAUGACUUUGGCCUAUAG